AUGAGUAUCUCCGCCCUUCCAACAGAGCUGCUCAGCAUGAUCUUCGAUGAGAUCCGGAGAAAAGAGGAUAUGCAAGCCGUUUCUCUCGUUUGCCACAAAUGGCGCGUUAAUCUUGCGCCGCUGAUGUGGUACACGUUGAACACUGAUCUGCUGCUUAGCAAAUUUCAGUCCAUGAAAGCACUUGUCAAUUCACAGAGCAUAAUACUCCCUCAUAUCCGACGGAUUAUCAUAGCAACACCCCGACGAGUCGCGGGCGAUUCGUUUGAAAUGGUCCAAAUCGAGCACAAAUUACGUCUACUGUUAACGUCCCUUCCUCGCGACCGAAUCACGCACUCCAUGGCCAGCACGUUGAGACCGAGCCGUCAUACUAUCCACAUGCUUCUCAAAUCCCAGCGGAAGCUCGAAGAAUUGAACUUCCGCAUCAGGUCCGACGAGGCCUUCACGGGCAAGGGGCCACUUCCUCUCCACACAGGUGGUCCUUUGAUGGAGCCUCCACUGAAAGACCUCACUGGACUAGCUGUAUAUGUUCAUUGCCAUCCGAAGAUGGCGAAAAACUCUUUUGAGUACUACCGCAAACUUCUCAGAUACGUUCCCAAGCUGCAGACCCUAUCCAUAGUGGGCACGCUCUUUGACAAUCGUCCACUCGACCGGCUGGAUAUGCAUCACAUCCUACAGCAUGACAUAAAGCAGCCCAUCCUAACAAGUCUCACCAACCUCCGUCUGAAGCUUAUCGACUUUGGAAUGAGUCACAAGGCGAUUUUCAGUAACAUCAACUUUGCGAACCUUCGCACGUUGUCACUAAUUGGCUGCAAUGACAUGGCCACCUUCUUGGGCGGCCUCCUGGUACAACGCGCCAACAGUGACGGCAGUUAUCUUUCCCAUCUUUCCGACCUGGAGAUCUUCUUGCCUUCUAAUUCACCCCAUCCCGACAACGACAUUCAGGCUGUCCAACACUUCCUCGAGACUGGUCCGAAGCUUGAGAAACUCAUCGUGGACGUAUCGUGCCACGCCUUGAUAAAGAACAACGCUAUCAUCGCCCGGUCUAAUAAGCUGACUUCACUGCAACUGGGUACGGGUGAGAACAGAGUAGGGCGUUCAUAUGCAGUGAAAGACGUCAAAGCGAUCUUAGAUGCCUCCCCAAAGCUCGCAAAUAUCGCCAUAAACCUCCCAGCAGUGAGCCUAGGAUCCCUUAUCGAUCUAGCUCACGACUUCAAGUUGGGAAGACCACAAAACUGUCUCACAUAUAUAGACACUGAGUUCGAAGCAAUGCUCAUCGUACUCGCCCAACACGCCCCACUUCACACCCUCCGCAUAUUGAACCUUCCAACUUUCGGAGAGAUCGAAAUAACGCACAAUCCCGACUGGCUCAACGCUACCGAACACCGAUUAGCCCGCGUCUUGUACCAGAAUUUCGCAAUGGAGACAAUGCGCUUCAUGGCGAAAUGCGGUACCGCCCCCAUCUUUUUCGACACUCGGCCUAGUAUUACGUACCAGAUUUUCGAUGAGUGUCUAUGGCCUGCAUAUCUGUUUAAUAAAGGAUCCGGCAAAAGAAUGAUCAAGGCAAUUCUUCUUCUAGAGCGCGAAGAGGAACAGGAGGAAGAAGAGGUCGAGAACAACCACCGGAAUCUGCAGAGCUUUAUCGACCUCUACCCUAGUCUCGAAAGGCUGAACUUGUCAGCCGACUGUGAACCUCCGAUCUCAUUACAAGGACUGCUCUCGCUAUCGCCGGAGAAUCGCCUAUUCUCCAAUCUGACGUCUAUCAAGAUGGAAGAAAUAGACUUGGUACCGUAUGCUUCAUCUCAUUUCUCCCACACCUUCGACGUUGCAAGGUUAGAGAGGUUGGAUCUUUUGCUCUGCAGCUCGAUGUCGCCGUUUUUCGAGAGUCUCUCAAAAUCGUACAUUGAGACACCUGGUAAUUUAAGGGAGUUGUGCAUCCGCCUAGAAAACGGUGUUGAAGACGAAGUGCAGGUCGAGACCACAAAAUCCAAUGAAAACUUCCUCAAAGUCUGCUGCGCUAGACUUGAGAAUCUCGAACUACAACUCUCCAACGGCAAACUUGUCGACAAAAGUUGUAUCCUGCCUCACGCUGAGACGCUUCGUAACGUCGUCAUCGGAAAACCUCGAAACAGUAUCAUGGAUUCUCAGUCGCACUACUACUCGGGAGACGAAUUAGGGAUAAUUUUGAGGGCGUGCACAAAGCUCAGAGGACUGGCCAUCAAUCUGCCACCUAUCGAUCUCGGAUAUAUCACACAGCUCGGGGACGGAUUACAAUUCAACGCAAUAGGUGCAGCGCGCGUUGAGAUGGAGAAGAUAUCGAGGAACUACCCUAGCGACUUCAUCCUCAGGCGCUUCUCUAGCUAA